AUGCCAUCGGUGCAACAAGUUCAAGUCCAACGACAACAAACUCAGGUUGGGAAUAAUGGCAAAAAAAAGCUUGCACCUGAGAAGGAAAGAUUUAUACAAUGUUGUGGAGAUGUUUCACUCGAAUUAGUUUCAAGCUUGAAGAGCUCAAAAGAUAUCAACUUAAAUGGAUUGAUUAGCAGAUAUGCUAAAAAAUACAAAUUAAAACAACAGCCUAGGUUAACUGAUAUCAUCUCCUCCAUUCCUGAUCAGUAUAAAAAGUACUUGAUACCUAAGUUAAAGGCCAAACCCGUGAGGACAGCUUCAGGUAUAGCUGUGGUUGCUGUCAUGUGUAAACCUCAUAGAUGUCCUCAUAUUGCGUACACUGGAAACAUUUGUGUUUACUGUCCAGGUGGUCCUGAUUCUGAUUUUGAGUAUUCUACUCAGUCUUAUACGGGAUAUGAGCCAACCUCUAUGAGAGCUAUUAGAGCUAGGUACGAUCCCUAUGAACAAGCAAGGGGAAGAGUUGAACAAUUGAGACAAUUGGGACAUUCCAUUGAUAAAGUCGAAUAUAUUAUCAUGGGUGGUACCUUUAUGUCAUUAUCAAUUGAUUAUAGAGAAUCUUUCAUCACCCAGCUCCACAAUGCAUUAACCGGUUUUAAUGGAAAAGACAUUGAUGAAGCCAUCAAAUAUUCCCAACAAUCUCAAACAAAAUGUGUGGGUAUAACUAUUGAGACUAGACCUGAUUACUGUACUUCUACACAUUUAAGUGAUAUGUUGCGUUAUGGAUGUACCAGACUAGAAAUUGGGGUUCAGUCUUGUUAUGAAGAUGUUGCUAGAGAUUCAAAUAGAGGACAUACAGUUAAAUCUGUAUGCGAAACGUUUGCCGUUGCCAAGGAUGCUGGCUAUAAAAUUGUGAGUCAUAUGAUGCCUGAUUUACCUAACGUUGGUAUGGAAAGAGAUCUAGAACAAUUUAUUGAGUAUUUUGAAAAUCCAAAUUUCAGAACCGAUGGCUUGAAGAUAUAUCCAACCUUAGUGAUAAGAGGAACUGGUCUUUAUGAGUUAUGGAAAAAGGGUUUAUACAAGUCAUAUAAUGCCAAUGCAUUGAUUGAUUUGGUGGCCAGGAUAUUGGCAUUGGUUCCUCCAUGGACAAGAAUCUACAGAGUUCAAAGAGAUAUUCCCAUGCCAUUAGUGACCUCUGGUGUUGAAAAUGGUAACUUGAGAGAAUUAGCUUUGGCUAGAAUGAAAGAUUUCGGAACUUCUUGCAGGGAUGUCAGAACCAGAGAAGUGGGUAUUCAAGAAGUACACCAUAAGGUUGUUCCUGACCAAGUAGAGUUCAUUAGAAGAGACUAUUAUGCUAAUGGUGGAUGGGAAACUUUCUUAAGUUACGAGGAUCCUAAACAAGAUAUUUUGAUUGGCCUUCUAAGAUUGAGGAAAGCAUCUAAGAAGUACACUUAUAGAGAAGAGUUCACUAAGCAGCCAACUUCUAUCGUUAGAGAAUUACACGUUUAUGGUUCGGUGGUCCCUUUACAUUCGAGAGAUCCAAGAAAGUUUCAGCAUCAAGGCUUUGGAACUUUGUUGAUGGAAGAAGCAGAAAGAAUCGCUAUAGAAGAACAUGGCUCUCGGAAAAUUAGUGUGAUUGCUGGUGUUGGUGUCAGAAACUAUUAUUCGAGGUUAGGAUAUGAAUUGGAUGGGCCUUAUAUGUCCAAAAUGAUAGGUACAGAUGAAGUCGAUGACGAAGAUGAGGACGAAUACUAA